AUGGAGGACUUCAUCGUGAUCUCGGACGACAGCGGCUCCGAGAGCUCGGAGGGCGCCCGCUCGGGCCGGGCGCGGAGGCUCCGCCGGGCCCUGUCCCGGACCCCGGGCGCCCUGCCCCGCCGGACCGUGGACUUCAUUGACUUAACCAGAGAAACCAGACCGAGGCCAAAGGAUCGCAGUGCCAUCUGUGUGAUUGACCUGACAAGAACGGAGGAGGAAAACAGACCUAUUGCCACUCUUGACUUGACUCUGGAACCCGUUGCUCCCUCCCAGAAGGAGUCAGCCAAUCCUCAGACAUGUGCCAGCCUCCCCGGCAAAGAGGCGACGGAAGGGCGGGCGGACAGGAGCUCGUGGCCCGCAGCGCGGAGGAUCAUUAACAGCGACCCUGUGGAUUUGGACCUUUUGGAGGAAUCCGCAUUUGCAGGCUCCCAACCCCCUGCAUCCAUCCGCGGGGCCCCUGUGUGCCCGGCACAGCCGAACUGCAGCUCAGCCGCCUUCAAAGAUGACUUGAGCUUCUUGUCCAGCCUAGAUGUUCACUCCCUCUCCCCAGUAAGCAAUAAUGGCAGCAGCCGUCAAAGGCUGCCCUUGCCAUGCCCUCAGCAGGAUGUCCCUUGCCCACCACAAGCCUUGCCAUGCCCAUUGCAAUCCUUGCCAUGUCCACCACGAGCCUCCUCCUGCCCACCACGAGCCUUGUCGUGCCCAUCACAACCUGCGCAGUGCCAACUACAAGCUUUGCCUAACCUGCCUCAAGAAAUGCCAUGCCUUCAGAAUAUGUCAUGCUCUCAGCAAAGUAUGACAAGCCCACCUCAGGACUCCUGGCAUCCUCAGCACUUACCAUGCCCACCUCAGGACUCCUGGCAUCCUCAGCACUUACCAUGCCCACCUCAGGACUCAACAUGGCAUCCUCAGCACUCACCGGGCCAACCUCAAAACUCAACAUGGCAUCCUCAGCACUCACCGGGCCAACCUCAAAACUCAUCAUUGCAUCCUCAGCACUCACCAGGCCCAUCACAAGACUCUCUCUGCCCGUCUCAAGACUCUCUGGGCCUACCUCAAGGUGUACCUGGCCCACCUCAGAACAUAUCCUGUCCACAAGAAGUGGCACAUCUGCAAGACAUGCCACCGGCACUGGGAGAUAUGCCCCAGUCAGGAGACAUGUCACAGUCAUUGCGAGAUGUUCCAUGGUCACCAAGAGAUGCACCACAGACCCCAAGCUAUGCACCACAAUCACCGAGAGAUACACCGCUGCCACCAAGAGAUACACUGCCAUCACCAAGAGAUGCACCACAGACACCAAGCUAUGUACCGCAAUCACCAAGAGAUACAAUGCGGUCACCGAGAGAUACACCACGGUCACCGAGAGAUACACCGCGGUCACCAAGAGAUACACUGAGGUCGCCCAGAGAUGCACCGCAGACACCAAGUUAUGUACCGCAGUCACCACGAGAUACACUGUGGUCACCAAGAAAUGCACCACAAUCACCAAGAUGUGCACCCCAGUCACCAACAGGUGUGCCACAGUCACCAAGAGAUACACCGCAGUCACCAAGAUGUGCAUCACAGUCUCCAAGAGAUAUGCCACACUUAACUGCAGAAGUCUCACAUUUACCGGAUGUGCUACAUUCACCUGGAGACAUGCCACCCUUGCUAGAAAACAGGCCUGACUCUAUCCCAAAUGAUGUACAGAACCAUGACACUCCUAUGGAUGUCUCAGGUCCAUCUUCUCCAAGCUGCUCUCUCAGCCCACAGUCUCCACAGUCUAAAACUUCCUUAGAGAAAAUUCCCUGGCUCUCUGUCACAGAAACUCCAGCCAGAAAGGGGAUGUCAAUGUCAGAGCCUGCCAACCCCGGGUCUGCCCACAUACAAGCACGAUCACCAGCAGGCGUGUUGUACAACAGACCAUGCCUGCAUAGACUGAAGUACUUCUUACGACCUCCGGUGCAUCACCUCUUCUUCCAGACACUAAUACCCGAUAAAGACGUGAGAGAGAACAGGGGCCAAAAACUAGAACCCAUACCCCAUCGAAGACUAAGGAUGGUAACAAACACCAUUGAAGAAAAUUUCCCCCUGGGGACGGUGCAGUUUCUGAUGGACUUCGUGUCCCCCCAGCACUACCCACCCAGAGAAAUCGUGGCGCACAUCAUCCAGAAAAUCCUGCUCAGCGGCUCUGAGGCCGUGGAUGUUCUGAAGGAGGCCUACAUGCUCCUCAUGAAAAUUCAACAGCUCCAUCCAGCUAAUGCCAAGACAGUGGAGUGGGACUGGAAGCUGCUCACGUACGUCAUGGAGGAAGAGGGACAGCAUCUGCCUGGGCGCGUCCUCUUCCUGCGCUACGUGGUGCAGACGCUGGAGGACGACUUCCAGCACACCCUGCGGAAGCAGCGGCAGCACCUGCAGCAGUCCAUCGCCAGCAUGGUGCUGUCCUGCGACAAGCAGCCCCACAACGUCAGAGAUGUGAUCAAGUGGCUGGUUAAAGCGGUGACCGAAGGCGCGUCACCUCAGCCCCCAAAUGGGAGUCUCCCCGGCCCGGGAACAGGCACCGCGAAGGCCGGCGGCAGCCACGCGCCUCCCCCGCCUGCUCUGACGAAGAACGCCACGCCGGUGAUCGUGUGCCAGCUGCAGAGGAUGCUGUCCAUCGCCGUGGAGGUGGACAGGACCCCCACCUGCAGCUCCAAUAAGAUUGCCGAGAUGAUGUUUGGGUUUGUGCUGGACAUUCCCGAGAGGAGUCAGAGAGAGAUGUUCUUCACCACCAUGGAGAGCCACCUUCUGCGCUGCAAAGUGCUGGAGAUCAUCUUCCUGCACAGCUGCGAGACGCCCACCCGCCUGCCCCUGUCCCUGGCCCAGGCCCUGUACUUCCUGAACCACUCCAGGUCGCUGCUCAAGUGCCAGUCGGACAAAACCCAGUGGCAGAUGUGGGAUGAGCUGGUGGAGCACCUGCAGUUCCUGUUAUCCAGCUACCAGCACGUUCUCAGAGAGCACUUACGGAGUUCGGUGAUCGAUCGGAAAGACUUAAUCAUCAAAAGGAUUAAGCCCAAGCCCCAGCAAGGCGACGACAUCACAGUGGUGGACGUGGAGAAGCAGAUCGCGGCCUUCCGCAGCCGCCUGGUGCAGAUGCUGGGCGAGCCGCUGGUCCCCCAGCUCCGAGACAAAGUGCACUUGCUGAAGCUGCUGCUCUUCUACGCUGCGGACCUGAACCCCGACGCAGAGCCCUCCCCCCAGCACUGGGGCAGCCGCUGA